AGAUGUCUCAUUUACGUUGACUGGACAGAGAGCUGAGAGCCGAGUAUACAACCUAGAACUAGGCGUGUACUUUCGCUAGACAAACUGCCAGCUUGUAUCUUUAAAUAUCAGAUAGACUUGUACAAGUAGCAAUGUAGUGAUUGUGCUAAAUUGUGCGAUAAACUAGAUUUGUCAAAUUAACCUGAAGUUUAAUAUUUAAAAUGGUGGAACAAAAGGAAAUAAUAUUUGAAAGGAAAGUGGAAAACUUUGUUGAUACGGAAACUAUAAAUCAUGAAACUACAAAUUCAUGUUCGCCCGAGCACAGUGACAAACCUAAGGCCUUGAAGGGGAAGGUAACUCUAAAGAGAUCCAUGACACUAACAAAAAAUCCGUUUGGUUUGAACAGGAAGGAAGUGAAGAAACAUCUAAAAGAAAUGGCGACCAAAGUGAAAGAAGAUUCAUGCGAAUCCCCCAGAUUAGAUAACAAUGGCCUAGCUUCUAAAGCAGAUUCCGUUAAAAACUUUUUUACCAAAGUGGUGAACCAUAUUGCAGUGUCCAAAAACAAACUACGCUCAGAUCCUUCUGACCUGAAUUCAAGAACCGAGGAAUGGAAAUCAUAUUUCGAGGAAACUCAGAAGGUUCCCGGGGUUAUUGGGAUCAGAAAUCACGGAAACACUUGUUUCAUGAACUCCAUUCUUCAGUGCCUUAGCUACACGGAUAUACUGGCUGAAUACUUCGUCCUAGACCAGUAUAAAUCUGACCUAAAGCGGCGAAGACGACUUACCUUUACAAAAUCCCCUGCCAUGGGGAAAGGCGAGAUUACUGAGCAGUUAGCUGUGGUUCUAAAAAGUUUAUGGAGUUUACAGUACGAUCCUGAGAUAUCAGAUAAAUUUAAAACCUUGGUAGACAAAUAUGGAAGUCAGUACAAAGGUGGAAAUCAACAUGAUGCCCAAGAGUUUCUUCUUUGGUUGCUUGACAAAGUUCAUGAGGAAUUAAACACUGCUACAAGUAAAAAGUACAAGCGGUUAAAGAACUUUCCCGGCAAAUCUGACGACGCCUUGGCCGCCGAAAGUUUAGCUAACUACAUGCGGUGCAACAACAGUUUUGUAGUUGACAUUUUUCAAGCACAGUUUCGUUCUAGUCUAACCUGUCCUACAUGUGAACGACAAUCUAACACUUUUGAUCCGUUUCUCUGUGUUUCUCUUCCAAUCCCUCAGAUACAAGUUCGUCCUGUUGUUGUGACAGUUCUGUACCUAGAUCAGUCCCCCAGGCAGGUUAGGAUUGGUCUAACCCUCCCUGUCGACUCCUACAUCAAGGAUCUAAGAGAAGCUCUGUCCAAGGAUACAGGGAUCGAAAUCGAUCAAUUACUUAUCACAGAAAUCGACUCUGUAAGCUUUCAAAGAACCCUGAGCGACGGACAAAGUUUAAGUUGUAUAGAAGCUGAAGCUCCGGUCUACUGUAUAGAAACCCCCAAGAUUAAUCAAGAAAAUGAAGACGACGGAGCAUUUGUUGUGCUAACUUGGAUCAAUGUCUACAAGGAGGGAAGUAUAGAGAAAAGGUUUGGUAGUCCCUAUACAACCCAGAUAUCCAGAGAAACUGUCUACGCCGACGUUCAGAAACUUUUAAUGAAAGAAAUGUCUCCGAUCUUACACGACGACAUUCUCAUCUCCGCCCAACGUGUUCCACUCUUCCGAAUUCGUGUGGUGGACGGGUUUCAGGACAGAGUCUACCUGGACGACAAGAUGGAGCUCCCCCUCUACAUGGAGUGUGUCGAGACCGCGAUCAAUAUCUCCCAGGUUGAGGACGUAGGAGGACCGGUCCAUGUGAAGCUAGUCCUGGAGUGGGAUAUGCCGGCCAAGACCCAGGUUAUCUAUGAUGAUGAGGACAAGAUUGAGGAGCACUGCAGUGUAAACCAGGUCAGGGAGGAACCAGAGUCAGGAUCUUCAGUCACGCUACAAGAUUGCUUUAGUUUGUACACCAGUGAGGAGAGGUUGGGAAAAGACGACGCCUACUUCUGCCCUCAGUGUAACAAGAAGCGUGAGGUUGUGAAGAAGCUCGGCGUCUGGUCCGUCCCUGACGUCAUGGUCGUUCAUCUCAAGCGCUUCCGUCAAUCCACAAAAUCCGCAAACAAGUUGGAAACCCUGGUCGAGUUCCCGUUGGAAGGGUUCGACAUGAGUCCUAACAUGGCGAGGGCGGCUGAGCCAGGACCAAGUUCACCCGAAGCUCAACCCAGCAGUUUAAAGACGACCUUCUCUCCGUGGAAACAUCCUAAACGGUUCCGAGCCUACGACCGUGAGGAAACUGUGUACGAGCUUUACUCCGUGUGUAAUCACCAUGGAUCCGAUCUACUAGGAGGACACUACACCGCAUACUGUAGGAAUCCAACAGACGGGCGCUGGUAUUCCUUUGAUGACAUGCAGACGAGGCAGGUCGAGGAGUCCGAGGUGGUUGGCAAGGACGCGUAUAUCCUCUUCUAUCAGAAAUCCUGCCUCAAUCCUAGUUCUUCCAGUAGUUCAAGUUCAGGAUCCUCCACCAGCUCUACAGCAGAACACUGGGUAUACAGGAUGCCAGACUUCUGCUACAAAACUAAGAACGAGACGAGAUGUGCUCCGACCUCGAAACCGAGGUCGGAGAAGAAGAAGACAAAGACGACCUCUGAUACCGCCACGGCCUUUACACGGAACAGUGCUAAGUACGCAACACUGCCAGUUAAGAAGUCUAAAACUUUUGAGUUUGAUCGUCAUUCAGAUACAGAGACGGGGGAUAAGGGAGACUCGUCAGACGAUGAUACGGAAACUGAACGCUGAAAACUUCAUCUUCAUCCAGGGAAGAUUAAUUGAUUGAAAUAAAAUCGAUUUAUGGAUGAUCAAGGAAUCAGUGCGCAAAGUUAUGGAUUGAUUUGUCAAUCAAUGAUGAACAACUUUAAUUGAUGCGAUUGAUUAAAAACUAUUUGACAAAGCACGAAUUGAAUUGAUGAAUUGAUCUAGUGACACGGAUUGAUUAGCUUCUGCUUGAUUAAAUUGAAUUUAACUGCGACAUAUCUUGAUGGAAGUUUAUCAUACUUUUAUAAUAAGCUUUGUAUAUAUAUACAUAAUAUUUAUUUAUUAUAUAUAUAUACAAAUUUGUUCGUCCAGUUCCUAAAUGGGCUAAAAAUGCUCAAAUCACCUUUUGGAAACAUUUGCACGUAGAAUAUGGCAAACCUUCAAAAUAUUGUUAUGCUCGAUUUUCUUUUUUAAGACCAUUUAUCAGCAUACCUAUGUAUUCUGAACCUGUAGAAUAAAUUUUUGUUUAAUAA